AUGGGCCAACAGGUCAAACUGCCUCAGAAGACAAAAGCACCCGACUCCUUCCUGAACCCUAGCCUUUGGUGUGACUUCCACCGCGACCACGGUCAUAAAAUGGAGGACUGUGUCGCACUAAGGAUCGAGGUCAACGAACAACGUAAGAAAGGACACAUCCGGGAGUUCCUUUCCCAGAAGGCCAAAAUCCAUCUAAACAAAGAGACGUCCGGAAAGCCCACUGAAUUUGUUCACGCCUCGCCACCUCGACAAGACCAAGAAAUCUAUGUCAUAUCAGGAUGCUUGGAAAUUAGCGGCAUAAGCCACACGGCCGCGAAGAAGAGCACCUGGAACGCUAAGCACGGCCUAGAGGCAGCCACGCCAAAACGCAUGCUCCUGGGUACGAACGAAAUAAGCUUCACAGGCAAGGAGAAAGAGAAGGUCCUAACCCCACAUCAGAACGCCAUGGUCACAUCGCUCACUGUAGCUCACUGUCUAGUAAAGACGAUAUUGGUAGAAAAUGGGAGCUCCAGCAAUAUCAUCUUCCAAGCCGCAUAUCAGGAUCUAGGGUUGGAAGAAAGCGCCCUGGCAGGGAGAAUAAAUCCACUUAUAGGAUUCAGCGGAGAAGUCAAACAGACCGCCGAAGAAGUCAUCCUCCCAGUGUACGCUAAAGGGAUUAAUAUGUCAACCAAGUUCCUCGUCGUUGACUGCCAAUCAUCUUACAACAUGAUCCUGGGACGGCCCUGGAUUCACGACAUGGGAGCCGUCCCUUCGACUCUUCACCGGACUGUGAAAUUUCCUACACCCUGGGGCAUAAGUUCAAUCAGAGGAGAUCAAGAGAACUCUCGCUCCUUCUACCAGACUACUCUGAAGGGAAAGACCAAGGUCUUUUAG